AAUGACAUUCAUAGCCAAGACUUUUUAUGACCUGCGUGCAGCUACGCUGGAAGGGGAAACAAUCGAUUUUAAUGUUUUUAGAGGAAGAGUAGUGCUUAUUGAGAAUGUGGCAUCACUUUGAGGAACAACCACCCAGGACUACAGUCAACUUAAUGAGCUUCAGAGCAAAUAUCCUCAUCGACUCGUGGUCCUGGGAUUUCCCUGUAACCAGUUUGGAUAUCAGGAGAAUUGCUCUAACGCAGAAAUUCUGAAUUCGUUGAAGUAUGUACGUCCAGGUGAAGGGUAUCGGCCUACAUUUACCAUUUUGGAGAAGUGUGAUGUAAAUGGAAAAGAUGAGCAUCCUGUGUUUUCCUACCUAAAGCACAAACUUCCUUAUCCGGACGAUGACCCUGUAUCAUUCAUGCAAAACCCUAAAUUUCUAGUCUGGAAUCCUGUCAGUCGGAAUGACGUUUCAUGGAAUUUUGAAAAGUUUCUUAUUGGACCCGAGGGCGAGCCCUUUAAAAGAUACAGUAGAAAGUUUCACACUAUUGAUAUUGAACCAGACAUCCAAAGACUGCUGAAGCUGACCAAAAACUGACAAAAACAUGUCACUGAUCAUAAUGUUUUAGUGUAAACAGCAUUGUGGCAUCAUCUCACUUUCUUUUCUAUUACUUCAUGAAAGUGAUAUUAUAAAGUGUAAUAAAGAUAUCACUUGAGACUUUGUACAUAUAAAAGAAUCACAGAUGUUGCCAUUAAGAAAUUAUUGCUGCUACACAAAAUGUUUGACUUAGUAUAAAGGCAAUGAUA